AUGCCGAAAAUGAGCACAACAUUCUGCAGACACUUAAACCUGAAUGCCACGGAAGUGGCGAGCGUGAACACGCUGGUCCUGCUCGCCCUGGGAUCCCUCAGAGGACUCGCCCUGGCUUUGACCCUGGCUCUGGCCCUGGGAGCUGGCCUCGGGAGUGGCGGUAGGGCCGACAGGGACAGUCACAAAGCUGGCCUGACCACCGCCGAAGCCGCCGAAGCCGCCAGAGCCAGCAGAGCCACCGAAGCUACCACUGGGCUGGGCAGCGCCAGAGGGGGAAGCACCGGAUUCACCGCCAAAUCCACCAGUGGGCUGGGCAGCGCUCGAGGGGAAAGAGCCGCCCUCACCACCACCGAAAGUGCCGGAGGGCUGGGCACCAGACUCACCGCCGCCGAAGCUUCCAGACGGGGCAGCACCAGAGGGGCCACCAGAGGGGCGAGGACCAGGGCGGCCAGAUUGGUGGCCACCAGAGCCGUGACCGCCAGAUCCUCCAAAGGUACCAGAAGGCUGGGCAGCGCCAGAGGGGGAUGCACCACCUUCACCACCGCCGAAGCUACCAGUGGGCUGAGCACCGCCGGAGGGGAAAGAGCCACCCUCACCACCGCCAAAACUGCCGGAAGGGAAGGUACCGGUGGGCUCAGAGCCAGUGGCAAUCUGAGAAGUAGGGGUGGCAUCCUGGCGCUUGCCGAGCUAAUGAAUGUCAGCAUCUAA